AUGGCCUCGGGCUGCUUUCUAUUCCUCUCCCUAUUCCUCCUCUCGUCAUUAUCCUCCUCCUCCUCCUUUGCACUUUCCGAUGUUGAAGCCUCUUUCAUUGCUCGUCGCCAGUUGAUGCACCUGAGUGAGAAUGAGGAUUUGCCAGACAACUACGUAGAGAACUAUAAGACAACCCACAACUUCUCUAACCCUAGGCUAAAAGCUGCCUACAUUGCUCUUGAGGCAUGGAAAAAAGCUAUCUACUCUGACCCAUCAAAUUUCACGGCAAAUUGGUCGGGCCCAGAUGUUUGCUCUUACAAUGGGGUUUAUUGUCAUUUUGCUUUAGAUGACCAAAAGCUCGAAGUUGUGGCUGGGAUUGACCUUAACCAUGCAGACAUCGCAGGUUACCUUCCCCCAGAAUUUGGUCUGUUAGCUGACAUUGGAGUUUUGCAUAUAAACUCAAACAGGUUUUGUGGGGUUAUCCCAAACACCUUCACCAGGCUUAAGCUUCUCUUUGAGCUAGACAUCAGCAACAACCGGUUUGUUGGGAAGUUCCCUGACCCCGUGCUUUCAGUGCCAGACCUCAGAUACCUUGACAUCAGGUUCAAUGACUUUGAGGGCGAAGUGCCUUCAGAGCUUUUCACCAAAACCCUCGACGCUUUGUUUAUGAACAAUAACCGCUUCACCUCCACAAUUCCUGAGAACCUGGGAUCUAUUCCGGCCACGGUUGUGGUUAUCGCCAAUAACAAUUUCACAGGGUGCGUGCCUUCGAGCAUUGGGGAGAUGAAGAAAUUGAACGAGUUUGUUUUGACCAACAACAACCUCACCGGUUGCUUGCCAACAGAAAUUGGAAAACUGGAACAAGUUACGGUGUUUGACAUCAGCAAGAACAACUUGGUUGGCGUGUUGCCGAGGACCUUAAAUGGGCUCAAGAAUGUGGAGCAUUUGUCGAUUUCGCAUAACAAGUUGACAGGCUUUGUCCCGCGUAAUGUUUGCAGCUUGCCCCAUUUGUUGAACUUCACAUUCUCUGAUAACUAUUUCAAUGGAGAGGAAGAAGGUUGCGUGCCUCAAAAGAAAGAGCCUGUAUUGGAUGAUGAGAACAACUGCAUACCAGAUAGGCCAAAGCAAAAGCAAUCAAACGCUUGCAAUGCGGUGAUAAGCAAGCCUGUGGAUUGUAGCAAAACCAUGUGUGGCCAUGGGGGCAGCUCCACUCCAUCAUCUUCCACUCCUCCAACAACACCAUCUAAACAAUCACCAACUCCUCCUAAGAGUGAGAAAUCAACACCCUCACCAUCACCGAAGCCACAAUCUCCACCUACCACCACUCCUCCAACAUCUAAGUCACAACCACCACCUACCCCUACCCCUACCCCUACCCCAACUCCAAAGCAAGAUGAACCCACUCCCCCGUCACCAAAGCCCGAAGAACCCAAACAGACCCCUUCCACUCCUCAAUCCCCAACGCCUGAAGAACCCAAAGAUACUCCAUCCACUCCUCCAUCACCGAAGCCUCAAGAACCCACCCCUUCCACUCCUCAAUCACCCACGCCCGAAGAACCCAAACCUACACCUCCAUCACCCAAAGCAUCACCACCAGAAGAGGACGAUUCCCACAAGGAAUCACCCGGGAACCGACAAAGAUCUCCACCACCACCUGUCCAGUCUCCUCCACCACCUGUCUACUCCCCACCACCACCUGUCCCCUCUCCACCACCCCCUGUUCAAUCCCCACCACCACCUGUCCUCUCUCCACCACCACCUGUCCACUCUCCACCACCACCUGUUCACUCUCCACCUCCACCUGUUCACUCACCUCCACCACCGGUUCACUCACCACCACCUCCCGUCCAUUCUCCUCCUCCACCUGUUUACUCCCCUCCACCACCUGUCCAUUCUCCUCCUCCACCUGUUUACUCUCCUCCACCUCCUGUCCAUUCUCCUCCUCCCCCAGUUUACUCUCCACCACCACCUGUCCAUUCUCCUCCUCCCCCUGUUCACUCUCCACCUCCCCCAGUUUACUCUCCACCACCACCUGUUUACUCUCCUCCACCACCGGUUUACUCUCCACCACCACCCGUGUACUCUCCACCACCUCCAGUGCAGUCUCCACCGCCACCAGUGCAGUCUCCACCACCUGCUUCACCUCCUCCUACGGAAGACGUUUUUCUUCCCCCUCACUUCGGCUCUUCUUAUGCUUCACCCCCUCCACCUAUCAUUGCCGGCUACUAA